AUGUUAAACAAAUCAAUUCUUGUAAUUCUCCUCAUUUCUCUCAUUCUCUGUGUCUCUACCACAUCUGUCACAGCUCAAACCUGCAAGAAUGCAAUUGUUGCCUUUGAUCCAAGUCCAUGUUCCUCAUGCACCACUUGUACAGGUGUAACUAAAUCAUGUUGUAGUGUAAUUCAAGAUACAGCAGCUUCUAUCGUUGUUAGUGCUCUCACACUUCUCAAAGCUUCAGAGUCAUGUGUCAUGUAUAUGAAAAUGUAUUCAUGUGCUGUUUGUGAUGUAAAUAAUGCUAAAUAUGCCAGCUCUUCUGGUUCAAUUACUGUUUGUCGUUCAUAUUGUCAAAAGGUUAAGGAUGCUUGUGGAACAUCUUCUACUAAUUUCAAAGAUUGUUCAUCCUAUCCUGAAACUAAUUGUUGGAAUAGUGCUCCAUUGAGUGGAAAGGUCAAUUGGGUCUUGUUUGCUCUUGCUGCCAUUGUUGCUACUUUCAUGUUUUAAAUUAUUUCAUCAUCAUGGAAAAAUAAAUUAUCACAAUU